AUGGCGUCGGUGAAGAGCAAGAUCCUGGUGGUCGGCGGCACGGGGUACCUGGGCAGGCACGUCGUGGCGGCGAGCGCGCGGCUGGGCCACCCCACCGUCGCGCUCGUCAGGGACACGGCCCCCGCCGACCCGGCCAAGGCGGCGCUGCUCAAGAGCUUCCAGGACGCCGGCGUGACGCUCCUCAAGGGCGAUCUGUACGACCAGGCCAGCCUGGUGAGCGCGGUGAAGGGCGCCGACGUGGUCAUCUCCACGCUCGGGUCGCUGCAGAUCGCCGACCAGACCAGGCUCAUCGACGCCAUCAAGGAGGCCGGCAACGUCAAGAGGUUCUUCCCGUCGGAGUUCGGCCUGGACGUGGACCGCACGGGCAUCGUGGAGCCGGGCAAGUCGAUCCUCGGCGGCAAGCUACUGGCCCAAGGCCCGCCCACGGACAAGGCGGUCGUGCUCGGCGACGGCGACACCAAGGUGGUGUACGUGGAGGAAGGCGACAUCGGGACCUACACGGUGCUUGCCGCCGACGACCCGCGCGCGGAGAACAAGACGCUGUACAUCAAGCCCCCCGCCAACACGCUGUCGCACAACGAGCUGCUGUCGCUGUGGGAGGACAAGACCGGCAAGACGUUCCAGAGGGAGUACGUGCCCGAGGAAGCCGUGCUCAAGCAGAUCCAAGAGUCGCCGAUCCCGGUGAACAUCAUCCUGUCGAUCGGGCACGCGGCGUACGUGCGGGGGGAGCAGACGGGCUUCGAGAUCGACCCGGCCAAGGGGGUGGACGCCACCGAGCUGUACCCGGACGUCAAGUACACCACCGUCGACGAGUACCUCAACCGCUUCCUCUGA